AUAGCACAAGAACAGUGGAAAUAGCAUUGUUGUAAAUAAGGUUGUAAACAAAUAAUGAGUGUAAUAAAUCAAAAAGAAUACCUGAAGAAAUAUUUAGGUAUCGGUAAGAAAGCUGGCGAGAAAAAGAAGAAGAAAAAAUCCAAACCAAAACCCACAGGCUUUGUAAUCGUUGACGACGAUAUAGAUGUACGUUUAAAUGAAGAAAUAAAAGUAGAUCUUAACGGAGACAAUGAAGAUGCACCUCAAAUAGUCUCGGUAAUUGACGACAGACCGCCUUCUUUAAGAAUCGAUGAAAAGACCAAAGAUAAGUUAUGGAUACCUUUAGGGGGCUCCGAUGAUGUUCUUGUUGAUUCUGCCAGCUUGAAAUUUGACGGUAGUAUUAAGAUUUCAAAGAAAACCAGUAAUAAAUUGAAAAUUAAAACUGAAAACGAAGAUAAUUCACCUCCUAGACGAAGAAAAGGCUCUGAGUCACCAGUAAGGAUUAAAAGAGAAGUUUUAACACCAGAAAGAGAUGAUUUUUUAUCUGGAGAAGAUCAGAUAGAAGGUACAGAUCUUUCACCUAAAAGAAAACAGAAAAGUAGUGAUGAUAUCUCACCACCAAGAAGGAAAAUAAAGGUGGAAGAGUUGUCACCACCUAGGAGACAAGACGAUGGUGAUAUAUCUCCACCUAGGAGAAAAAAACCUCAAUAUAUAGAUGACGAUUCUUCACCACCUCGAAGAAAAACACAGAAAGAAGACAUAUCUCCACCAAGAAGAAGGAAAAAUGAAGAUAUAUCUCCUCCAAGAAGACGAAAAAAUGUAGAUAUAUCUCCUCCAAGAAGGAGCAGGAAUGAGGACAUAUCUCCUCCAAGAAGGGGGAAAAAUGAAGAUAUAUCUCCUCCAAGAAGAAGGAAACAUGAAGAUACAUCUCCUCCAAGGACAUCAAGAGGCUCAAACCGAGAUAUGUCACCUCCAAGAAGAUCCAGGCAUGACAAUUCACCACCUCAUCGAAAAAAGAAGUCCAGAUGGGGUGAAACUGAAGAACAAGAAGCCAAACUGAAGAAAACCCUAGAUGGUAAAACGGCAGGGCUUCAAAAUGCAAGAGAUUUAGUUAAGGAAACCAUAGAACUGAAGAAGAAAGAAGAUGAACUGUUUAAAAAUAUGGGAGCUGAAGUUUCUGGAGCUAAUGCAGCGACAGUUGUAAGGACCAAAAAGAAGGAUAUUGUUGACGUUGAAGAAGAGGAGAGGAAGAGAAAGAGAGAGAUAGAAAACAAGGAAAAAUAUGAUAGAUGGGGUAAAGGUGUGAAGCAGGUUGAAGAUGAUAAUGAGAAAAUGAAAAAUGAACUGCAUGAAAUGAGUAAGCCUUUGGCAAGGUACGCUGAUGAUGCUGAUUUAGAACAGUACUUAAAAGAGCAAGAACGAGAAGGAGAUCCGAUGUUAAAAUACCUGAGACAGAAGAAAAGGAAGAAAACCAUAGAAUCAGGAAUACCUGUUAAGCAGCAAUAUGAAGGGGAUUCUGCCCCCAAUCGUUUUGGGAUCAGGCCCGGAUUUAGAUGGGACGGCGUAGAUCGUUCCAGUGGCUACGAAAAGAAAUGGUUUGAGGUGCAGAACUCUAGAACGGCAAGUUUGGAAGAGACAUACAAAUGGAGUACAGAGGAUAUGUAAAAUAAUUUAUAUGUACUGUGUAAAUAUAUUUUUUUAAAUAAAUAAGUGUAAUUUAGUGUCGUGUGUCCAAGUUUCUUCUUUUUUUUUGAAUUUUUAAAUGCUGUAGCUCCAUAUCAUGUUCAUACUGUUUUAUAACAUUCCAUUAAAAUUGUAGAAUUAGCAACAUUAAUAGUUACCUUGUUUAAUUCUGCUUAUACAUAUUGUAUUAAU